CGUGUAAACUUUGGUAAUAUUGCAAAUUGUAAAUUAUCGAAAUUACAACGAUAACUUUGGAAACAGAUAUCCGCUGAAACGAUGGUUAAUCCCAUCACUAAGUAAAUGUAAACAAAAUCAGUGUAGUAUAAAUUCCAAUAUGUUUUAAAGAUUACGAUAAGUAAAUGAGGGUCCAAAGAUGAAACAAGAAAAUUGCGUUGAUAAAGAAACGAUCGAGUAUACGCACACAACUGUGCCGUCAUCAAUGCGAAGUCCUUAUUGGAAGUAUUUCGGGUUUCCUUCAGAUAAUACUAACAAAAUAUUGACUCGCCAAAAAAUCAUAUGCACAAUAUGUGGCACUGCAAUUACGUACAACAAAAACACGUCCAACCUACGUACUCACCUUAUAUCUCGACAUCCUGAGACUCUGCAUCAAAUGCAUCAUCAUCAACGUGUGCGGAACCCAGAACUCUCAGACAGUUGUAACACAAUUGGUAAUAAAGAUUUUAAUGGUACCGAUACAGUGAAUGAAUUUGAAGAGAAUGAAUGUAUCUCGGAUAAAUUAAAUAUUCAUAAACAAAUUAAUAAGGCUAAUCCCGAUGUGAGUAGCCUAUUAAAAAUAAGACGACUAAAUACAGAUAGCCGUGAAGCAGAUAAAACUUCAAUUGGUUCCCAAGAGUUUAACGUCGAAUUUAUGCCUCCCAAUGUUCCAAUAAGCUGUAUCAAACAAUGUGAUUACGAACAUGAAAAUGCAGUGGGUUUCUCUACAGUUGAAAUUGACUGUGAUUCUGAUUAUCGUUCGGUAAAACACAAGGAAAGCAAGAAAGAAUUAAGUGAAACGAUCACAGAAAAUGAAACCAGUUAUGAGUUUUUAACUUCUGAAGCAAGUAUUGAUGUGAAAAAUGAUGAUAAUAUUGAAAUUAAUUGCGGUAACGACUUCAAUGUUGGUGAUAUAAACACCGCCGAGGUUGCAUUAACAGAAGAUGAAACGGUAAUAAUUGAUAACGAGAUUACUCAAAAGCCGAUGUUUGUAUAUUGCAAUAAUUCAUUGCCAAGUACAACUGACUUAACAAAAAAAUCAAAUAUUACAAUUCACAACGAACUUCUUGCAAAUAUGUUGGUCACCGAUUUGCUGCCACUUAACGUGCUUCAAGGUCUUGGUUUCAAACAACUUCUUAAUUCCAUUGGGUUAGUAAGUGAUUGUAAAGAGUCAGUUGAGGGUAAAAUAUUAAGGGAUUAUUCGCAAAUGAAAUGUGCACUUAAAAAAUACAUUGGUCUCAAUUUGAGCCAACAAAAUAAACCUUACUCAUUCAGUAUCGAAAACUUUAAAAAUAAUGAGGAGAACAACAUGUUGAGUAUUUAUGUAAAUUUCCAUAAUGUUGAUGAUGAAUACAAAUUGGAGAGCAUUUUAUUGGAAGAUAUUGCUAUUAACAAAGAUACAGAACUAUCCCGGUCGCUACGAGACUUUAAUCUUAGCCGUUGUGCAGCGAUUGUAACAACGAACGGAAAUAAUUCAAUUGUUAAAGAUUUCGGUCUUGCAAAUGGUAUCGACAUUGUUCCAUGUGUAGGGACCAUGUUAACACGGUGUAUUAAAUUAAUAUUUCAACAAGAUGUAGUGUCUGAAUUAUUUCACCAAGUUCAUAAUAUAAGUGAGAAGAAUUUAAACUUGUCGGCAGUGAAAUUAUAUUGCCCUUGGUGGAAAUUAAAACUUCUUCAAGUUUUCUUCGAGAGUCCUUUAGCGGCAGAUGAAAAAUACAAGGAAAUGUCAUCACAGCUUGGACCUUUUAUAACUUACAUCAAACCAUUAAAGAUUACUUUUGAUACAAUAAAAUCGGAACAAAUACCCUUCUGUACACUUGUGCGUCCAUUGGUUAAGCAACUAUUCGAUGAACAUUAUUCAAAAUUCAACACUAAAGAUAAUCUUUAUUUACAAUCGGCGCAAAGAAUAAUUAAUUCUGAGUUACGUGAUAGCAUCGCAGGUUGUUCAUUCUUUUCUGAAGCAGUGCUUUUUGAUGGGCGUUUUCAACAUGAUUUUAUUCAAUCCAGCUCAGAGACAAUGCUACAGAAAGAAAGCUAUAAUUUUGGCAGUGUUCAUCGUUCGGAACUAAUACUGUCUGUAUAUAAACGAUAUCCCCAUCUUCUUAAUGAAAUACAUUUAAAUUUAAAACUUGAACAAAAUCAGCCCUCUACGAUGCCUUCAGCAGUAUCGAAAUCAUGUUUGCGAACAUUUUUCCAGCGUAUAAGCAAUCCCGCGGCUGAAAUUACUCAGCAAAACAUUAACAACAUACCCACCAACCAAUCCCAGCCAAAAGUCGCUUUCGAUUUGGAAUUUGAUCGAUACAAAUGUGAGCAAACGUUAGACUUGGAACAAUGUCCGCUAAGUUGGUGGAAAUCACAUUCUGAACGCUAUAAAUUGCUGUGUAAAAUUGCAAAUUAUUAUCUAAGUGUGCCGUGUUUAACGCCACGAUGGCUAAAUAGCACUCACGGAGAGAUGGAAGCUAUUGAUGAAAGCAUGUGGUGGCAAAAAAGUAAGGUACUUCAAUAUUGCCAUCCAGCAGAAAAGUGCUUAUGGUAUUUGCAUUACAAUCGUAGUAUAUAUAAUAAAAUUAUGUCCAAAUCGUCUAAAGAGCGACCCCUGUGAAGAAGUUACGUUUGGAAAAACCGUAUUUUCUCUUCAGAUAAUGAAAAUAUUCACAUGUUUUAAUGCGGGAUUUCAUUUAUGCAAUGUGAGCGAUUUGAGUAUAAUUGGUCGCGUAAAGCGCGCAGAUUUCAUUAUUCUGAAAUAAAUACAAAUAAAUUGAGCUGAAUCUGAGUACUUUUCAGCUCACUGAAUACUUGAAUUAUGCAUAUGUAAACAUAUUUACGGAAUGAUUUCUUAAAUACUGAAAACAAUUAUUUGUUCCAAGUAACGGUGGUUUCAUUUAUUCAAACAAAGGAAUUAAAUAAUUCUGUAGUAUACAUAUAUAAAAUUGUUUAUUGAAUAUUUAAUUAAUUUCGAAACUGUCAUAAGUAUAUUGUAAAUAUUUGCUUUGUUCUGGUAUGUUUGUAUAGAGGAUUGAAAAUAAUAAAAUUAGUUUUUUAUAUUUGAAAUUUGGCUUACGGGGUGUUAUCCCUCAUUUCAAUUUCCCGAUUAAAAAUUUUGCCGUAUCAUCUCAGUAAAUAUCAUACAGCUUUUAGAAAAUAAUACAUUGUUAUUAUUCGGACUUUCAUUUCAUAGAACUCGGAAAGAACUUGGCGGAAAAGUAAAAUAUAAUACUUUUUAACAAUUUU